ACUAAUGGAGGCGCUCACUCACAGACAAUGAGUCCUCCCUCAUUUUUGGACAUCGUCGUCAAGCUUUGACAAUAAUAAACGCACAAUUGCGCAGAGAUGGGGAUGUUGGCGGAUCCACGUCUUGAACAGCGUGCUGCAUUCUUCCUUGCGAUUGGGUUUCGAAGCCCACCUUUCUUCCAGAGUAUCUCCAAGAGCUUCGAUUGCAGACAAUGAACGUUGACGUUAUGAUGACGUGAAUGAAAGGUCACGCUGGAGUUGCUCAUCAUCGUAUUUGUAGCGUUUUUUGUUUUAAGACUGACGUCCUUUGUGCUAUUAUGAUGCCAGUAACAUUCUUGUAGAUGCUAGCAUACUAUGGACUUUCCAGGUCACUUCCAGCACAUUUUCCAGCAGCUGAACCUCCAGCGGCUCCAUGCUCAACUGUGCGACUGUGUGGUGGAGGUGGGAAGCCACAAGUUCCACGCGCACCGCUCCAUCCUAGCAGCGUGCAGCUCCCACUUCAAGGCUCUUCUCAGCUCCGGCGAGGAUGCUGGUGCACAAUGGGUGGUUGAUAAAGGUGGAGGUACCAGUCUGAUUGCGCUUGACCCAGAGGUGGUGACCCCCGAGGCCUUCUCCACUCUUCUAGACAUGAUCUACACAUCCAACUUGUCACUCACGGCCUCCAAUGUGAUGGAUGUGCUGCUGGCCGCCUCGCACCUGCACCUUAACGCCGUGGUGAAGGCCUGCAAGCUGCACCUGUCCAGAAAAAACUUCCCAUCCUCUGCGCCUAAAGGCUGGCGGUCAGUGCCGCAGCAGCAACCCAAGCUAACAUCUGUAAAGGAACUUGAUGAGGGCGGCGUAGAGGUGAGCCAGUCUGGUGAAGAGUCCUCAGAGCACAAGAGAAAGCCUCAAGAGGACAGGUUGGGUGACAGGAAGAGGAUCUGCAGAAUGCCUGGAAAUAAAGAAUGUUCUCCCACUGUGACCAGGAGCACAGUCAUCAACGAGGAGCGAGGAGAAGAGGCUAAGAAGUGGGGGGGCCGAGUAGAUGAGGUGGAGGAGAAAUACGGGGCAACCAUGUCCGAGUUGGAGGAGAUCCAGCUGCCGAGCCAGUCAGACAGCAGUGCGCGUGGAGCAGUGAAAGUGAAGGUUGGAGAUGAAGAUGAAGACGAGCCCAAGAUGGAGACAGUGGAGGUAAAAAAAGAAAUGAUGACCACCUCAUCUCCUAAUAUUUCACCUUCAUCCCUUCUCCAACAUUCCUGUGGAGAUUUACAAGUGAACGGUGACAAAAUAAGCAGUCCAGCAGAUGGCGAUGUUAGCUGUUUACAAACACAACUCUGCUCGGAUCUUCCUGAAAACGACCAUGAGGAUGAGGGCAUUGACAGCCUGUCUGAACUGGCCCUUUCCUGCUUCUUAAAUCCUGCCAAUGACAGCGAGACAGGAGCUAUGGAUGAAGAAGAGAGUCUUGCAAGUCUCACAGCAGCUGCCACUGCAGCCGCUGCCGCCAGUGAUGCUGCCACCAGUGGUGCAGACCAACAGUGUCCAAACGCUUCUUCUGCUCAAGCCUGCGAUGCAACCCUCCUUUUCCCAGUAACGACUGUCCCUUUGCAACCGCUACUCCCAACACAGAGUCCAGGUUUUAGUGACACGCUCGUCCUCCGGCCUGCACACAACUCCUUAACAGGGUUCCUCAGCGUGGAACACUCCAGGGCCCCAAAAGGACGUGCGGGAUCGAGCGGGACGGCUUUCCGCCGCAUCGCCCCAAAAGUGGUGCCUGGAUCAGAAGCAGAUCCCUCGGGGGCGUUGUCCUCAGGCCCAGCUGGGAAUGAUAGAGCACCUCUGACUAGAGCUUCAGAGGACGUGCUAUCCAAGUGCAAGAAAGCGGCGGCCGAAGAUAACGUGCUCCUAGUAGAAGGGGAGAAGAAGUACGCCUGCAAAAUCUGCUCUAAGACAUUCAUGAACCUGACGGAUUGUAAGAAACACAUUCGUGUCCACACGGGAGAAAAGCCUUAUCCUUGUCCCAAGUGUGGGAAGCGCUUCAGCCAGUCAUCCCAUUUGUACAAGCACUCCAAGAAUUCCUCCUGUGUGAACUGGAAAGAUGAGCAUGCUUUCCGAGACACUGUACACUGACUCCCUCGAAAGAUGCUUUUUAAAAAAACAAACAAAUUGAUAUUUAUGAACUACCCUGAGAAAACUAUUAUGUUACUGUGUGUGAACAACCAUUGUUGUGUUUUAAUUAAUACACUGUCUCACAAAAGCAAGUACUCCCCUACAAUUUCAGCAAGUAUUUUUAUUACAGUAUAUCCUUCUCAAUGGACAAUACUUUGAAUUGAAACUUUACAACUGUGUACAGCUUGUAUAGCACUCUAGAUGUACUAUAUAUUAGAUUUACGCUACUCUAUUAGCCACUGAAGAUGACUCAACACAGCCAUUAUUGUCUAAAUAGCGAGUGAGGACCAAGAUAAUUGAGCUUGCCUACUGCAUGGUGGUGGUAGCAACAAGGUCUGGGGCUGCACGAGUGCUGCGGUUCACUGGGGCAAACAUGAAUUCCAACAUGUACUGUAACAUUGUGAAGCAGAGCAUGAGGAAAAAACAAGGAGCGACAACACACCUCCAACAUGGCAUGUGUCUUACUGUGGAAGGUGAAGGUGAUGGAGCGCCCGAGUAUAUCUCCAAAUCUGAACCCAGAUAAGCACCUGUGGAACACCCUCAAGCGAAAAAAAAAGGUGGAGGUGCACAAGGUGUCUAACAUCCACCAAUUCCAACAGCGAUGUCAUGAUGGAGGUGCGGAAAAGGGGGAAUUUCAUGCCCAAGAGGAUUAAGGCAGUGCUUGAUAACAAUGGUACUCACGCUAAAUAGUCACACUUUGCUUCACUGUGAGGUGUAUUCACUUGUUUUGCCAGCUAUUUUGACAAUAAUCGCUGUGUGUUGACUCUAUGCUGCUUUCCAAGUUGUACACCGACUAUUCUAAGUUCUAUCCAAGUUUCAUUUCAAUCGUAUCGUCCCUUAAGACGUAAUAAAAUGAUUGAGAGGUGUACUCUUUUGUGAGAUACUGCAUAUGAAUUUAAAGUUAUCCACUCUUAAUGAUUACAUUUAAUGAAGAGUGCUUUAAAAGUAUGAGGAAAUUGCAAUGAGUUCAAGAAACUUGAGUUUAUUUUGUUGUGCAGGCCAUCGUUUCAUUUAGCAAACGACAAGUAGGCAACAAACGGCUUUGUUAAGAAUAAUGCAGGAAGUAAUGUUUGGAACAGACUGAAGUGCUUAAAUGCAAAGAUUAAAAAUGUGUGCAAUGAAACUUGUCUUCAUUCUAAUAACCCUUUAGCAGAGGUGGGAGCAAGUCCAUGUCAGGUCUUUAAUCCCAAGUCUCGAGUGAAGUCUCAAGUAAAGAUGUGCAUUUCCGAGUCAAGACGAGAAAGGUCAAGUCAAGUUCAAAGUCAUAAGCUUGAAAUGUUUCAGUCCUUACAAGUCAUAAGCACUGUUUAGUACCUCAAAAUAAAAUGCCAUUUUAACAACGUAACAAUCUAUUCAAUUUGACU